UCGGCUGUUCGUUGUCAAUAUGUUCAAGUCUUUGAGUUUUAUUCUCUUGACAUUCCUUUCGUUUAAUCUCUGCGGGUCCUACGCGAAAGGUCAGGGAGAAGGCCGAUCCGUAUGCCUACUUCACGACCCGCCAAAUCAGUGUGGAGAAUUCUGCCUUGAGGCAUUGAAGCCAAUGCUCGAUCACAUAGCUUUUCACCAGAAGGAGUGGAGCACCUGCGGUCCCCAGAAACUUAAUGAGACUCUGGAAAAAUUGGACUCAAUCAAGGAUCAACAAAAGGCGCUGAAGGAUUACCUAUCAAGACUAGAGCAAAAGGAGGCUUCCUUGGAGACGAAACUUGAUCGCAUUGAACAACAAUUGUCAGCCCUGCAGGAGACACUGUCGAAACCUAACAACACUAAAGUAUCUCCCCUAUUUGUGCGGAUAGGACAAAGGUUAAUUUACGUCGAAAAAAGAAUUCGUCGAAGCUGGCAAGGCGCCGAAGAAACCUGCCUUCAGAUGGGCGGUCACCUAGCGACCAUCCAGGACAGUUUGGAGCUAAAUGCUAUCGGAGAACAGCUGGAGAGGAGUACCAGCUACUGGCUGGGCAUCUCCGACAUCGCCAAGGAGGGGGAGUUUGUGUCCGUAGCCUCUGGCAAACCCGCAACCUUUUUCAGGUGGAAGAGGGGACAACCCAACAACUUGAAUGGCAAUGAUCACUGUGUGGAUAUGUAUAAUAGCGAAAUGUACGAUAGCGAGUGUACUGAAACCGAAUAUUUUAUUUGCGAGGCUGUUGGUUAAGUGAAAUUAAAACAUUGUAGCUAAUAUGUUAUCAAACGAU